CUCGAACAAAGAGCACAGCCUCUAGAGUGUAGAAUCUAGAUUAACCGCCUCUCUAGCUACACUGCAUCCAGCCUCACGUUUUCAUUUUGUCCCGAAAAUGGCUGCCACUCUCUCCGUCCGGCCCAACCGCUUCACAACCGGUUCACCCUACCACCGGCCCCCAGCCAGUAGGUUCGGCCCAUUGCACGCCGUAGGUCUCACAAAGAACGAACCGUGGCCAGGCCGAUGCGUGAGUACUGUGACCGUUAUUCCCUCCCGGCGCACUCUGGUCCAUGCCGGCUCCAGAGCCGACGACUCGGCGCAGUUCGAGAUGUCCGUGGAGAACGCUCUCAAGGUCCUCGGAGUAUCCGAGGGUGCCUCCUUCGAUGACAUACUCCGCGCAAAGAACUCAAUCCUCGCCGCUUGUAAGGACGACCAGGAGGCGAUAGCGCAGGUUGAGGCUGCAUAUGAUAUGUUGCUCAUGCAAAGCUUAACUCAGCGGCGAGCGGGAAAAGUUGUGAAUAGUAGCGUUCGUUAUGCCGAUGUUAAACCUUUAAGUGCUUCUGGGAUGGGAUCAAUGCCUCAGUGGUGGCAGGCUGCGGUGAAGAAUCCACCCAUUUCAGUUGAAACACCAUCAAGCAGUGAUUUGGGCAUACAAGCAAGUGUAUAUGGGGCUUUAAUGGCCUUAACUUUUGUCAAUGGAGCUUCAACAUCCAUUGCAGCCCCGUAUGCUGGGGCUGAUGUUCCUGGACUAAUCUUGGCCAGUAGUUUUGGAGCUUCUUUGUAUUUCAUGACCAAAAAAAAUGUGAAGUUAGGGAAGGCUACUGUAAUUACCAUAGGGGGCCUUGCGGCUGGUGCUGCGGUGGGAUCUGCAGUUGAGAGCUGGCUCCAGGUUGACAUUGUCCCAUUUUUUGGCAUAAACUCACCUGCUGCUGUUGUAAGCGAAUUUAUACUCUUCUCUCAAUUUUUGGUCUCACUGUGCCUAAGGUAGGCUAAGAGAAGAUAGUAAUUGUAGCUUGUGCAAUCUGUAAUUAUUCAUUUGAAUGAUCAUAGCCGAGCUUUUUUAGGAUGUGUAUCAUUGCUUUUUGUACAAAACUUGAAAGAAUGUAGUGAAACGUGAAUCAAUUCAACAA